AGUGUUCGGAGAUCGUCAUCGGGACUGGGCAGGAAAAACUAGGAAGUCUUCAACUUCUUCUGGGUCCUCUGACGUGGGACGAGGAAUACGGACAAUCUGCUGUGGGGCGGAAAAAUAGCGGCACCACUUCUCGGAUGUCUCAAGAGUCAUCAUUGAACAAACUUUUCUGUACGAAAACAUAACAGUCUCUCCGAGGACGUCAGGUUGAUCUUCUUGGAGGAGACCCAGUGAAAAAGGAGGACAUCAUGCCGAGGAGGACCGUGCUCGAAGUGACCGUGCAAGAUGUCCAAAAACGGAGGAACCCCAGCAAACACUACGUUUACAUCAUCAAAGUGUCCUGGAGCGAUGGCAGCACGGAAAUCAUUUACAGACGCUACAGCAAGUUUUUCGACCUGCAGAUGGAAUUACUGGAUAAAUUCCCAGUGGAAGGAGGUCAGAAAGACCCCAAGCGCAGGAUAAUUCCUUUCCUACCAGGAAAGAUCCUGUUCAGAAGGAGCCAUAUCAGAGAUGUGGCCAUGAAAAGGCUAAGGCCCAUCAAUGAAUACUGCAGGGCCCUCAUCCAGCUUCCAGUAUACAUUUCCCAGUGUGAAGAAGUAAAAGUAUUUUUUGAGACGAGACCAGAAGACCUCAACCCACCUAAGGAGGAACCCACAGGAAAGAAAAAAUCAGGGUUUGUGGAGAGAGCGACUACUUUCCUAAAGCGAGGAGAUGCCAACUCAACAGACCCGCUCGUGCUGGACCAGUAUGUGGCGGUAACGAACUACGAGAAGCAGGAGAGCUCUGAGAUCAGCCUGUCUGUUGGUCAGGUGGUGGAGGUCAUUGAGAAAAAUGAGUCGGGGUGGUGGUUUGUGAGUUCAGAGGACGCACAAGGUUGGGUUCCUGCCACCUGCCUGGAGGCCCAAGAUGACCCCGAUGACAUCACUCUUCCAGGAGAAGAAGAAGAUAAAUAUUCAGUGAUUUAUCCCUAUUCCGCUCGGGAUGAAGAUGAGAUUGACCUGGAGAGAGGAAUGAUUGUGGAAGUUAUGCAGAAGAACUUGGAGGGCUGGUGGAAAAUCAGGUACCAAGGACGCGAGGGCUGGGCCCCAGCCUCCUACCUGAAGAAGUCGGACAUUCAGAGCCAAAAGCAGGCGGCGGGUGGCGCAGCACACGCCAGUGCCAACGAUUUGGACGGGGUCUCCAAGCAGAACCAUGCGGUCAACUCCAACCGGGAGAACCAGAAAGAAAACAGACUCUCGUUCUUUUCCGAUCGAAAAAUGGGACUGAGACAAAGACUUCCACCACGAAGAGAUCUCUCCAUUCCUCGUGGUACCAAUCUUCCCAAGCCCCCCGGUCCACCUCAAGUCGAGGAGGAGUUCUACACCAUCGCAGACUUCCAGACCACCAUACCUGAUGGGAUUAGCUUUCAGGCUGGAAUCAAAGUCGAGGUGAUUGAGAAGAACGGAAGCGGUUGGUGGUACAUCCAAAUUGAUGAGCAAGAGGGUUGGGCCCCGGCUACUUUCAUCGACAAGUACAAGAAGACAAGUAGCGCCCUCAGGCCCAAUUUUCUGGCGCCUCUUCCCAAUGAGAUGGAGAAGCUGCAACUGGAGGACAGUAGUUCAAGUGUUCCAAGCACCGGUGAUAGUUGGUCCAAGCCUUUACCGGAUGAACCGACAGCAGCCCCCGAUAGCUUUGCCCGCCCCAAGUUAAGAGACUGGAAGUCCAGCGCUGCCAAGUCAUCACCCUUCUCUGGACCGCUACCUCCAGCUCCGGUGUGUCCUCCUGAAGAUAAACCAGCUUUGCCACCUCGAAGAGAAUCCAUCCAUAAGAGUUUUGAGUUGGAGGUGGCUGAAAAACCAAGACCUGAUCAUUCUAAGCCUUUGCCACCAAAACCCCCAGUGCCAGGAGUCAUCAUACCAAUGGUUCCACCAAAAGCAGCACCUUUCAAACUGGAGAAAACCCCAGAUCCAAAGAAAGAGGACAAGAGCAAAGCACUUCACCUUCGGAACGAGAUGGGUCUUGAAUGUGGUCACAAGGUCUCCGCCAAAGAGGUGAAGAAGUUUAACCUGAAACCAGUACACAAGCAGCUACCAAAACCUAAGUCAGAAGUCCCGGAGGAGAAACCACAGGCAGCUGGUCCAGCUGUAUUCAUGAAGCCCAAACCGGUUAUCCGACCUAAACCUUUUCCAGCGACAAAGCCAGACCCACCAGCAGCACCGGCAGCAGAGAACAAAGUUGACAUCACCAACCUGAGAAGUAAGCUGAGACCUUCAAAACCUGUCGAUCCCAGUUCUGCUUCGGGUGAGGCCAACCAUCAAAACGAGACCCCGGCGGUCGGUACCCACCGUAGCAGUCCUCCUCCUAGCCUACCACCUGUUCAGACGUCGUUUCCAAAUAACAGCAGGAACUGUGAGGAACCCAAAUGUUCUCCUAAACACUUGAACGGCCACAGUCAAGAGAAACCAGCAGUACCUCCCCACAAGGAAGUCCCUCAAAGACCACCGGCUUUGGUUCCAAGAAGACCCCCUCCUCCAAAGAAGACCGAGCCGUCCAGCCCUACCGACUUCAAGCCCGCUUCAAAAGAUCUGGGACCACCCCAACUCAACAGACCCCCCCCCCCUAAACCUAAGGGUUUUUCUCAGGAAUCCAAAGUGAAUAAAAUCCCCAUUCCUCCGAAACCUCAAGUGAAGAGCGACAAGCCAGGUCCGCCCAGAGACAAACUCCCGCCCUUGCUGAAGGAGCCCAGUAAAGACGAGCUGUAUCUGGCCGUGGCGGACUUCGAAGGCGAGGACCAGACGUCCAGCUUCAAGGUGGGGACGCUCUUUCAGGUGCUGGAGAAAAAUAGCAACGGUUGGUGGUUCUGCAAGAACAUAGGAGAAGAAGUCGAGGGCUGGAUCCCUUCCAAUUACUUGAGCAAGAAACCAUAGGUAGACAAAAAAAACUUUGUAGCGAGUAGGCUUUUUUUUUUUUUAAUUUAUAGGUACACAUUCUUAUAUUUACACUAAACCAGCAGAACACACAUGUGAUGUUUUCUUCUAUAAUCCAAACAUUUUAUUGGAAGCUUCCUAUCAGUGUUAGCAUUACAGAGGCUAGGUGUUAGCAAAGCAUUACAACUAAUCUCCACUAAGGAUGGGUACUGAAUUCAGGACUUUUAUAGGUACCGACAUUCUGUGUAUCGUUCACGAAAAAUCAUUUGUGAUGCUACAUCGGUGUUACCAACUCAAACACUUGACAGGAAAACAAACAGAGCGAACUCCAAGUUAUUUUCCAUGCUAACAAAGCAAGUCUGCCUAACAGAAAAAUGCUUAAAAGUAGAAUGAGAGUAGGUCAAUGCUCAGUUAUAUUGGAAAUACCAUAAACAUGCUACUGAUUGGCUUUGGUGAUAUUAAAUGGCGAUUUCAACAGCUAAAAAUGUGUUAAAGAGAACUACAAUAAUAUGCACAUUGCAAACAAACAGCUGGUGUGUAAAGUACAAUACUUACAGUACACAAAUUUUGUAGGACUCAACAAAAGACAAGACUUGCACAUUUAACUUUAUGUCAAAUUUUACUUCCUGAAAAUGGCAACACAAGUCUACCACAUAAUACUUGCAAGUGAGACUCAGAAAUGUAAGAAACACGAUAUAAUAAUGGACGGCACAGUUAUUAGCUCAGUGUUAAAUGUUGAAUACAUUUUUAAAUUAACAUUACCACAUGAGCACAUGCUAAAGUACUGUAAAUUGGUAUUGUUGGGUAACGUCAUCAAUUCCCAGUUCAAAUGUGAAAGGUACCCAUCCCUAAUCUCCCCUCAUGCCGUCUAGUAGUUGAUGGCCCAAUAUAAACCUUUAUGCUACCCUCAGGCAUUUUUGUUUUAAUUUGUCUCAUCUUUCGGGGAACUUUUUGCACCCUCUGGUGCCUUUUGGCCGACAAUGGACGCCUAAAAAAAAAGUGCUGGUAAACAUUAUCCGACAUUACUUUUUUUUCCCCACUGAAACAACUUUAAACUUGUUGAAAAUAAUUAUCAGGAUUUCAAACCUUUUAAUGCCACUUUGUGUAAUUUAUGUGGAGUCAAAUGGGCCAAAAAUAAUUAAGUACAAUUUUAAUUAUUAUGAUAUUGAACUACAUUUAGUUAUUUAUUGAUUUAACAACACAUAAUUACAUUUUUUUUUUCUUAUGAAUUAUUUAAUGACUCAAUUUGUAAUUCUGUUUAAAGAAACCAAAAAAAAAAAGAAAACAUACACUGCAGAGGAUGCUGGUUUUUAAAAUCUAACCUGUUAAAUUUUCACAAACUACAAUAAAUAAUAUUGGGAUUAUAAUUAAUUGUUGGGCUUUUGCAAAAAAAAAAAAAAUAAUAAUUAAUUAAUUUAAUUUAAUUAAUUAAAGUAUAAUUUAAAGGGGUUAAAAUACUGAUUGUUUUUAAUGUGCUUGAGGUUGAGACUAUUGGCAAAAUAUGAUUUAAUAGUAUUUUUUUUAGACCUGCACGUCUCCUGAGGGUAGCAAAUAUGAGCGUGGCAGGAGGGUUUCAUGCGUUAGUAGAUGCUACUGUAACAAACAUAAAAAUAAAUAUAUAUCUUACAUUCCAGUAGUGGACAAACGAUGACUUAACGGGCUUUAAAUGCUAACAGCAAUCACAAGAGUUCACGUUGCCAAGUAGAAGUGCUUUCUUACACCAGUCCGUUGUAUUCAUUAGUUUGUAUGUGUUUGUUUAUUGUUGCAAAGAUGUGUAACAUUGUGUACUCCUCACUCAUUUUAACAGCAGGUCAGACAUAGAUUUGCACAUGCUACAAAUAAAAAGAGAAUAUGGCUGCCAUUAACCGUAUUUCCUGAAAUAGUGGCCUCACAAAGCUGAUCAAUCAUUCACUUAAAGGCUUUAUUUAUUUAAACCUUUAAAAUACACGCCAAUGGAAAUGAUAUGGACAUUAAUCAAAUAGUACAACACUAAAUAUAUUGUAUAUUAAAGGAAUAAAUACCACAAUCCGAAUAAACACCCAACCACUAUAUAAAGAAGUAUGGUAAUUGGGACUGUCUGACCCAGUGACUGGUGCAAUUACUUCCAGUAUUGUCACACAGCAAAGUGUGUAUAAAAUAUCGGUUUACAUUAGGGCUUGACUGGUCUCAAGCACGAGCAGAGUAUCAAAAUGUAUUUUGUUUUGUUUUAUUGUAAAGACUAUAUUCGAUGUUUUUUGUUUAAACGUUGUGCUAAUGAAGGAACCAGGAAGAGAAGAGAAGUGUUCAGAAGAGGGUUUGGACCUUGUGCAUUCAUCUAUGGUUAUCGUCACCCAUUAGCCGAGUGAAAAUUUGACGCACUAUCAGACAAGACUUUGAAAUGUUAGUCGCUAUGUUGAGUUUUGUCAUUCUGACAAAGAACUUGCAGGAAAAUAAAAAAAGAGAAUUAAUGCACGGAAUGUUUUGUAAGUAUGGAUGACAAUUGUGUGGGUUGUCACGGCAGCAUUAUAACAGUUUUUUUAAUUCGACCUUUUUUUGUUACAUUGAAUCUUUGUCAAUAAACAUUUCAGAUUUUUUUGGA